UUUCCUCUCUACAAAAAACACACCAUUAAACGUUCCUUUUUAACAUUUUGGAAUAAACACUUGGUGAUUUGUUUAAAAGGAGCAGCCACUGUGGAAUAAAUUCGACAGAAAGCUUCGCUCUUCUUGUUGGCAACGUGAAAAAGGGGAUUUUGACGGACAUGAAGACUAAAAAGGGUAUGCUGGCAGUGUCGGGGAGUGAGACAGAGGACGAAGACAGUCUGGACAUGCCUCUGGACCUGUCAUCGAGCGGAGGAGUGGCAGGAAAGAGGAAAAGGAGAGGGAACCUACCCAAAGAGUCAGUGCAGAUCCUCAGAGACUGGCUUUACGAACACCGUUACAAUGCUUACCCAUCAGAACAGGAGAAAGCCCUGCUGUCCAAACAGACCCAGCUCUCCACACUACAGGUGUGCAAUUGGUUCAUAAACGCGAGGAGACGGCUUCUCCCUCAGAUGCUACGGAAAGACGGCAAAGACCCCAAUCAGUUCACCAUCUCCCGUCGCGGCAGCAAGGGUGCGGAGAGCCUUAGCGACAGCUCUCAGUCGCCCAAGCACGGAACGGUCGUCCCGGCAACGGAGGGCUACGAACGCACCGCGUCCCACCACACACCCGCCUACGAGCCCAGUUCCCCCAGCGCCGUCCCCAACACGAGCCCCCUCUCCAGCAAGGCCCAGUCCCCCAAAACACCCUCGUCUCCCGGACCCGUCCUGCCCCGGCCCUCCGUCAUCUGCCACACCACCGUCACCGCGGCGACGCAGGGCGUCGUCACGGCCACGCAGACCAAUCGGGCGCCUUGCUCUCAGACGGUGGUGGAAGGCGUGACGGAGCUGUCCGUCACGGAGGCGGGGGCUCUGUUUGGGUGCCGCGGAGGCGUGGCAGGGGCCACGGAGGGCAACGUCAGCCCUCAAAGCGGCCUGUUUAACACCCCUCCCCCGACCCCGCCCGAUCUGACGCAGGACUUCAGCGGCUUUCAGCUCCUGGUGGACGUGGCUCUGAAGAGAGCGGCCGAGAUGGAGCUUCAAGCCAAACAGCUCCUGGCCUGAAGAGGGUAAAAAAAAAACCAACAAC